CCCGAGCUUUGCCUCCCUGCUUUCCGCGUCCUGACAUUACGGCUAAAAAUGCAGUUACAGCUUCUUUUUCAAAGAGAAGGAUGUGGCGAGGAUAACCCAUUUGAUGUAAUUUAUAAGAGCUACCGGGAGGGGUGAAGCGAAGUGGUUUGAUUGGCUAAAAGCUGAGUCCGAUCGAACAGCCAAUAGGAAAGCGGAAAGCAGACUCUUCGUUUGCAUCUUGUACUACGAGGAAAUGACGGCCUUGGUUCAGAGCCUCCCACGACCUCACGAGUCGGGCGAAGUAGAGACUACAGUUCCCGUGAACCCUCAGGGCACUACGUGGUGCCUGCCGGGUCUGUUGCGUAGCGAGGACUCCAGUUCCCAGCGUGCCUCAGGACGCGAAGUCUGCGUUUCGCCCGGAACGUCAGGAGUUCCGGUCCUGAGUGGGAGCUGCGGUAGAGAAGACUGAGUGCAAGCUGAUGUUGAGUGGGCAGCUGGUCGGAAGCCUGUUCUCCAUGGCUGGCCGCGUCUGUGUGUCCUGGGGCAGCGCCAGAUCAGGGGCCAUCGGUCCCGUCGAGGCCGCCAUUCGCGCAAAGUUGGAGCAGGCGCUGAACCCCGAGGUCCUGGAGCUGCGUAAUGAGAGCGGCGGCCACGCGGUCCCACCAGGCAGUGAAACCCAUUUCCGCGUGGCCGUGGUGAGCUCUCGCUUCGAGGGACUGAGCCCCCUGCAACGGCAUCGGCUGGUCCACGCGGCGCUGUCAGACGAGCUGGCUGGGCCGGUCCACGCCCUGGCCAUACAAGCGCGGACCCCCGCCCAGUGGAGGGAGAACCCUCAACUGGACACGAGCCCCCCCUGCCUGGGCGGGAGCAAGAAAACUCGAGGAACUCCCUGAACCCUGAGAGAGAGGGAGGACCGGGAUCCAAACAGGUUGGGUGAGAAUAAACUACUGGGGCCUUCUUCCCUUCAA